AGAAGAAUAGCAUGCUUUUGAAUUUGUACACGACAUGAGUUGAAUUACUAUGUGCUAUUUACAACUAUUAUGACAACUUGAGAGAAUUCAUUCUUGGGUCAAUAUCUGUGUCGAUCUAUAUACCGUAAACUUUUACAUUUAAAGGAUGUUAAGAUGAAGGCAACAGUUUGAAGAUAAAACAUCUUGUAGAUUAAAUACCAUGUGGCCUUUUGGUAAAGAGAAACCUCCAGAAUUAGAAAGAAUAAUUAAAGCCAACAGUCCAUCAGAGAAUGCCGUAUAUGAAUAUGCAAACAAUUAUAUCUGUACAUCCAAGUAUACACUCCUUACCUUCCUGCCGAAGAAUCUAUUGGAACAGUUUCGGAGAUUGGCUAACACAUACUUUCUUUGUCUCUUAGUGUUACAGGUCAUUCCAGCUGUAAGUUCACUGCCCUGGUACUCAACCCUUGUUCCUUUGGCUUUUGUCUUAGGAGUAACAGCAAUCAAAGAUGCUGUUGAUGACUUUAGACGACAUAGUAGCGAUAACCAGGUCAACAACAGGUUGUCUCAUGUUCUGCGGGAUGGACAACCACUGGAUGAAAAAUGGCAUAAAGUUGUUGUUGGGGAUAUUGUCAAGAUGGAAAAUAAUCAGUUUGUUGCAGCUGACCUGUUUCUUUUGUCUACCAGUGAACCUCAUAGUUUAUGUUACAUAGAAACUGCUGAACUUGAUGGAGAAACAAAUCUGAAAGUAAGACAGGCCAUUCCAGAAACAUCAGAUCUAGAAGAUGAUAUACAAAAACUGUCAAACUUUGAUGCUGAUAUAGUAUGUGAAGCUCCUAACAACAACUUGAGUAAGUUUGAAGGAAAGAUGACUUAUAAGAACAAUACCUACUCCAUUGAUAAUGAGAAGAUAUUGUUACGUGGAUGUGUGUUACGUAAUACUAAAUGGUGUUAUGGUUUAGUCAUCUUUGCUGGCAGGGACACAAAGUUGAUGCAGAAUAGUGGAAAAGCCAUAUUCAAAAGGACCAAUAUUGACAGAUUAAUGAAUGUUUUAAUUAUUGGGAUCUUUCUGUUUCUAUUGACCUGUUGUUUGGUAAUGACAGCAGCCUGUGGUAUAUGGGAGACAUUAAAAGGAAAUGACUUUCAGGUCUUUCUACCAUGGGAUAGUUAUAUCCCAGGAUCCCCUGAUAAAGAUGGCAGCAAACAAGAGGGAGCCACUGUCACUGCACUCUUAGUCUUCUUUUCUUACAUCAUUAUUUUGAAUACAGUUGUGCCUAUAUCUUUGUAUGUCAGCGUAGAGAUAAUAAGAUUAGUGAAUAGCAUGUGGAUAAAUUGGGAUGUAAAGAUGUACUAUGACAAAGUCAAGACCGCUGCCAAAGCACGGACAACAACUUUGAAUGAAGAAUUAGGUCAGAUAGAAUACAUAUUCUCCGAUAAGACUGGGACUUUAACUCAGAAUAUCAUGGAGUUUAAGAAAUGUUCAAUAGCUGGUAAAUCAUAUGGAGAUGCUUUUGAUGAGUUUGGUAAUUCUAUCGUCAUUACUGAGAAUACACCUAAAGUUGACCUAUCCAGCAAUCCCUAUGCAGAGCCAAACUUUGAGUUUUACGAUAGACAGCUGAUAGAGAAAAUGAGAGAAAAAGAUUUUAAAGUGGAACAGUUCUUUACACUGUUAGCCUUAUGUCAUACUGUGAUGCCUGAAACUAAAGAUGACAAACUAGAAUAUCAAGCUCAGUCUCCUGAUGAAGGUGCACUUGUGUCAGCAGCUAGAAACUUUGGAUAUGUUUUCAAGUCUAGAACACCAACAACUAUAACAGUAGAGAUCCAAGGUGAACAGAGAGUAUAUGAAUUGUUGAGUAUUCUUGACUUCAACAAUGUCAGAAAAAGAAUGUCUGUUAUAGUAAGAAGAGAAGGUAAAAUACAGCUAUGGUGUAAAGGAGCAGAUUCUCUUGUUUUAGAAAGGAUGGAUCCAAAAUGUGCAGAUCUAAAGGAAUUGACAUUACACCAUCUAAAUGAGUAUGCAUCAGAAGGACUGAGAACUUUAUGUUUGGCAGUCAAAGAUAUUCCUGAUAAUGUUUAUGCUGAUUGGAAGAAGAAACACCAUGCUGCAAGCACUGCUAUGGACGACAGAGAUGACAAGUUACAUGAAGUUUAUGAAGAAAUUGAGAAAAAUCUGGUAUUGAUAGGUGCAACAGCUAUAGAAGAUAAGCUACAGGAUGGGGUACCAGAUGCAAUAGCUAACCUGGCUCUAGCAGGGAUUAAAAUCUGGGUGCUUACAGGUGAUAAACAAGAAACUGCAAUUAACAUUGGUUAUUCAUGUCAGCUGAUCACAGAUGAAAUGGAGGAGAUUUUUAUCGUUGAUGGGGAAACUUAUGAAUCAGUUGACAAACAAAUGAAAGAUGCACUACAAAAUAUAAAAAAGAUCAAACAUGAAAAUAAAACCCAGAAAGAAGAGGAAGUAGGAGUGGCUUUUUCCAAUGGGGGAGUUUGUUAUAAUGGACAAAAAGCAGCAGACAUUAGUCCUGACCUGCCUCACUCUGAUGAAUUCGCUUUGGUUAUAAAUGGACAUAGUUUGAUACAUGCUUUGCACCGAGAUAUGGAAUUAUUAUUGUUAGAACUAGGCUGUUCAUGUAAAGCUGUGAUAUGUUGUAGAGUUACACCUUUACAGAAAGCUAUGGUUGUUGAUCUCGUUAAAAGGAACAAAAAAUCUAUAACUUUAGCUAUUGGUGAUGGGGCCAACGAUGUCAGUAUGAUUAAAACUGCACAUAUAGGAGUUGGAAUUAGUGGUCAGGAAGGAAUGCAAGCUGUUCUGGCCAGUGACUAUUCAAUCUGUCAGUUUAGAUACUUAGAACGCUUGUUGUUAGUACAUGGACGAUGGAGUUACUUUAGAAUGUGCAAAUUUCUUAAAUACUUUUUCUACAAAAACUUUGCAUUCACAUUGUGUCAUUUCUGGUAUGCAUUCUACUGUGGAUUCUCAGCUCAGACAUUAUUUGAUCCAUACUUCAUCACUUUUUACAAUGUAAUGUAUACCUCACUUCCUGUUUUGAUGAUGGGAGUAUUUGAUCAGGAUGUGAAUGAAUACUAUUCCCUUCGUUAUCCCAAGUUGUAUGCACCAGGUAUAGCAGACUCAUUGUUCAAUAAGAAAGUAUUUGCUUGGAGUAUUGCCGAGGGGUUUAUAACAUCUUUAGUUUUAUUCUUUAUACCUUAUGGUGCCUUCCAUGAUGGUCUUGGUAGCUCAGGAACAGAUCUAGCAGAUUCUCAAUCAUUUGGAGUUGUUGUAGCCAGUAUUUUAGUUGUAGCUGUCAAUCUUAGGUGUGGAAUGGAUACAUCCUACUGGACAGGAUUUACUCAUGUUGUGGUCUGGGGAAGCUGUAUCUUUUACUACUGUUUCAUCUUAGCUUUCUAUGCCCCAGUGUUCAACUACGUCUAUCAAGGCGCUGCAUACCAUGUUUUUGGAUCACCUAAUUUCUGGUUUUGUUUGUUAUUAACAAAUGUUGUAUUACUAAUGCCAGUUGUGGCUUAUAGAUAUUAUAUGGUGGAUAUAAAGCCGACACUUUCUGAUCGUAUUAGAUUAAAGCAGAGAAUGACUGCGUCCAAGUCCAGAUCUAAAGAUCUCCAUUUAAGGAGAGCAUCAACAAUGAGAAGGAGUACACGUUCUCUGCGUUCUGGUUAUGCAUUUUCACAUUCUCAAGGUUUUGGAGAAUUAAUUACAAGUGGAACAAACAUGAGACAAAAAGAUCCAGAAAAUGUGACAUUAACGAAUGUGAAAAAAAUUAACCAAAAUAAUGAUCAGAAAAUCAUUAGAAACUCUAAUACAAUUCAAAGUAGUCCCAGGAAAGAGACCAGCUCAAUACUUCAUGAUAAUCAUAGUAAUCAUGAACAUCAUGAUCAUGAUAAACAUGUUUUAUUUUCUGAAAAGUUAUGAUCAUAUUUGUGAGACAUUGUAAUCACAUUGAUCAUUAAUUCAUGUUCAUGUAGUCAUUAUUUUUGUAUUUGAUGUUGAUUGUUGCAUCUUGUUAUGUUCAUAUAAUAGGUAGAUGCCACUGAGUGCAUUUUACAGUAAGAUAUUACAUGUUACAUUGUGAAUUUGUUUUCCAUUUCGUUUUCCUUUUUAAAAAAUUGUCAUCUUUUCCUUUGGUGGAAUAUUUCUUGGUUUUUGUAAAUGUAGUUGGAAAAUAAUAAUACUGAAAGCUAAAUAUUUGAACUUUUUGAACUAAAGGUGUUAGCCACUUCAAAUUGACACUUACUACUUCUGUUGUCCAUUAUUGUCAGAUAUAUUACAGAAGUACCUUUCUCUGUAUUUAUUCUUCUGAUGAUAUCUUAUUAAAAAAAGAAAUGUUUUCCUCUUAGCAAAAUAAAUUCUGUAUGUUUCAUCCUGCACUCUCUAAAAACUGUUUUCUUAAGGGGAAAGGGAAAUUUAAAAAGAGGGUCUUAACUGUCUGAAGGAAAAUAAAAGCAACAACAUCAGAAAUGUCUUUGAAACAGCUUGAAAAAGGCAUACAUUAGUUUUGGUAAUUUCACUUCAUUGAUAUAGUUGGGGUUUAGAUUUGCCCUCUGAUGACAAAAGUUGUGCUAAAAAGAAAAAGAAAAUUUACUGGUAUUUGACAGAAGAAAGAGGCUAUUCUCAUUCCUUAAAAAAAUACCAAAGAAAACAUACAAAUACAAACAAUAAGUCUGUUUUUACUUACAUCAUUAAUGAUGUAUUAAUCAAUCAUGGUAUAUCCUACAUGAUGCAACAAGAUUAUAAAAUAUUUAAGUUAGAAUAUUGAUUAUGCUAUAAAUCAAUGCAAUUGGAAUUCGUUUUACGUGUAUUGAAUAUGAUUGGUUGUGUAAUUGUCCCAUUUCCUGUCAGGGGAGCUAACCCAUUGUGAUAUUAAAGAUUGUAUAUUUUAUACAUGUUGUUACAGUUGUUAUAAAGUCAUUGUUAUUUAUAUAUAUGUAUGUAAAUGUAUGUAGCUGCUGAGCUCUCUAGUUUUAUAAAUUCAUGGUCAGAUUAAUUUUUCACAAAUAAGUCCAAUAUUUAUAUAUAUAUGUAUAUAAUGUGAAAAGUGUUGAUAUAUUAUGUAUAUGUAUAGAAUAUUUAUUUUUAGAAACAUAAUAUCAAACUGUUUCUGUAAUAGUCUUAAGGAGGUUUUAAUUGUUUUGUAUUGAUCAAUGGUAUUAUACAGAGGGAUGACAACCGAACAGCUGGAUACAGUUGAUAAUAAUACAGAUAUAUUUACCCAUAAAACAUUUUAAUGUAUUUUGUAAAUGAAAUUUCUAUGCAUUGUAAAUGGAUUUUUAUUUUCAUGUCUACCUUUGUAAAAAAAUAUUAUUGUAUUCAAUUAUUUUUGUUCUAUUGAUUUUAAAAGAAGUUAUAUUUAUGUUCUUUCUAUCAUUUACUUUGAGAAAUCCAAAUUAAAUAGAUUUAUUGUUUUAAUUGAAAUUGUCAUGUUUUAUCUGUGACCUCUUCAUAUAAAGGAUUAGAAUCUUAAUCUUACAUCUGCUCGUACUUGGUAUAAGAUUUGAACAAUUUACACUGCAUUUAAAAAUGCAUUGAAAAUUAUCAUUUAUAUGCAUCUCUAUGUGCUUUUCGCUCCUAAUUCCCACAGAUAAUUGAAAGAGUAAGUUUUGUUCAUGAUUGAAUAACAGGUAUUCUAUUGAGCUGAGUUAAGACCGACUGACUCAGUUUGGAAAUUUCAAUCUCAUUAUUUUACUGUCACUAGUGUUUUGAAACAAUUUAUGAAUUAAGUAAAAAAAUUUAGGAGGAUACAUGGAGUCCUAUUAUUCAACUUGCUCAACUUAGAAAAAGAGUUGAAGACCAAUUUAAUUUAAAUUAAAAGAUAAUUAAAGUAGUGGUUAUGACAACACCACGAUCAUACAAUUGUAACUUUUAGAUUCUUGUUGGAGAUUUUAAACUAGUUAGCAGAGGGAAGAAAAGAUAAAUAGAAAAAUUAGUUUGGUAUUUAAAAGAAUAUUCUGUCUUAUUCAUUGUGAUUUCAAGUCAUUUAUAAAGUUUCUGAUGUGUUUAUGCCUGUCCAUCUUAACUAUGUGUAGUAGUAUUUAUUUGUAAACAAAUAUUUUUAUUUAAUACAAAUUUUAAAUUUCCUGUGUUCCGAUUAACAAUUUAUGUGCAGCUGAUUUAUAUGGUCACAAGACAAAUGAUGUGUCUACCCCUCAUCAACAUGGGAUCAUGGGAUUUAAUGUUAUUUUUUUUGAAGGACCAUUUUACUAAAAGUUCUACAUUUUCUAGAUUUUAUUUAUAUUCAAAAGCUUUAAAUUAAUUUCCACAUGAAGGGAGACAACUGUCUGCCAAUAUUGAUGUGAAUUCCCUGCCUAUUAAACAUAAUAUGUUGGAAUCUGAUCAUCAUAGGCUUUCCUCAUUAAUCCCAGCGACAAUAGAAGCGAUUUUAAAGGAAUAUUCUAUAAAAAGGUACAUUUGAAUAUUCUUGGGAAGAAAAGUGAAACCUGUCACUAACCAAAAACCACCUAAAUACUGAGGACUUGGUGAGGAUUAUAAAUUUGUUGGAUUAAAGUUUAUUUUUAGCAGGGAUUUAUUCUUAAAGGACCACAAUUUUUGCUCUAAUGGAAAUGAUGGCAUUGGCAAAUUAAUCUGUUUUGGUAUUUGGACAUCAACAUUUUACUUUUGUCAAUUGAAAAUUUGAAAAUAUUGAGUAUGCUUCAUAUUUGGAGAAACCUGAGAUUUGUGUACUUUAGUUAAAUAAGUAUAAUUUCUACAGAAAAUAAACUACACUUCUUGAGUAAGAGUUCAGUAUAGACAAGUUUGCAGUUCACACAGGUUUUGGUUUUAAAUAGUUUCACUGUAUAAUCAAGUUAAUAAGUAUCUUGUAUAACGUCUUUAUUAACUUAUUUAAACGACAGUCAACAUAUUUUUUGUGUCUAGGUAAACCUCAUUGUGUUUUUGUUGUUGAAUCACAUAUCAUCUUUGUUUUAUGUAUUGCCAAAGAUCACAUUCUUUCUACUCUGUGUUCAUAUUUAUCCAUGACUGUUUCCAUGGCUAUUCAAAGUCUCUAUUUUAAUAUAUUUUAUUAUUGCUGAUGCGGUGCAACAUUGGUUUAAAAAGUCUUUCUUCUAACUUACUUUGUUCUGAAAUAUAUAUUAAAGAAUUUGAUAUAACAUUGAUCAUAUGAAACACACUAAUCUUGUUUAUAUAGAUCAAUACAAUCAAGUUAUUCUGUAUGUUGGUCUGGAUGGGGUGUCCUUCAAUUCUUUAUUCUAUAUCAUAAUGGGUUAUAAUUGUGUUAUAUAUAUACAAGUACAUAUAUUUUGGGAGAUAUUAUCAGUUGAUGAAAGACUUUCGAUUUACGACUGUUCAUAAACUUUACUUCUUUAUAUUUUGUUUGUUUACUUUUUUGUCAUAAACAACUAUUGUACGCAUCAAGACAUCACCACCAAAGAUAUUUUUCAAACGUUCAUAUAAUAAAUAAAAGGUACAAUUUUUAUGUGAAGUUCACAAUUUUCAAAAAGCUUAUUCAUUCAAUUACCAUUGAUCAUUGUUUGUUCGAAGCUUUACAAAAUGGCAUAUUACUGUUUAAAAAUGAAAAUAUAAAACAAAGCAUCUAGAAAAAGAAGAUUUUUAUGUAUAAUUGCUCACAUAGCUAGUGAUAAAAAAAUUAAUACUAUAAAGUUAUAACUGUUUAGCACUGUAUUGCACUCAAAAAGAUUUGUCAAUAACAAUAUUCAGCAUGGAUAUAUUUAUGAAAUGUAUUUAUACAUUUGUUUACAUAAUUUUGAAUUCAUUUAACUUACAACAUGGAGAUAAAAUGUCAAAUACAGAUAACUUGAGGAAAGUCUACAUAAUAGUUGUAUAGUUUUAACUAAAAAAAUAGCCCUUAGAACUUACAAUUUUAUUUAGUUAACAAAAAAAUGCUUGUCUACUGACUAUUGUAAAAAAUGAAAUCUAUUAAUCAAGUGUAAUAAAAUUAAAGAACAAAAGGAUUUAUGAAUCUAUAUAUAAUUAAUCUGUUUUCAAAGAAAAAAACUAAAGAAGUCCACAAAACGAUUUAUAUUAAAAUUAAAGAACUAAACCUUGUAUGAAACAUAUUCUUCAAAAUACUAUUGAAAUAUUUACACAAAUUGACACAUUUCUUUGUUUUCUUAUAUUCAGUACACAUUUUAUGCAAUUAACCUUUAGCUUUUAGACAUCAUAAAAAACUAAAGUCAGUGAUCUACCAGCAUCUCGUGAUGAGGAGGUAAUUAGAUAUCUACUAUUUAUUACCUGGGCUCAUCAGUUGGCAAGGGUAGGUUACUGAUAUUGUAUUUUAGUACUUAAGCAAAUAGAUUUUAAUGAUCUGAUAAUCAUGAAAUAUAUUGUACAUACAAUUUCUAGUCAGGCAGCAGUUCAGAUGACCUAGAAUGUCAUGUCAUAUUCAUGUUAUACGUUAAAUAACCAUCAUUUUGAAGUUGAGAAUUAAUGAGUGUUUUUAAGACAAACAAUUGAAAAUUUUUAUUAAGAAAUUGGGAUAUCAUGAAGACAAUUUGAAGUUGUAUUCAUUAUGGUUAAUGUGAACACAUGAAACCCAUUCACUUUGAAAAAUAUUUGAAUCAGUAAAAUAAAAUAAUCUUGCACUUAAUUUUUUAAGGACAGAUUUGUUGUUCAUACUUUCUAUUUUUGGUUACAUUGCACAUGAAGAGGAACUAUUUGUUUUUUAUUCACAUCAUAUGAAUAUUUCUGUGACAAUAUCUUUUUCAUAUUUUAGUUAUAAUAUGCAUUGAAAAAUUACUUCGAUUUCAUUGAGUACUCCUAAAAUAUAGGAUUACUCCUUUUCUUUAUCACUCCUUGUUGUGAUGACCACAAAACAUCAACUCAUUGUUUUGGAAAUUUUUAAACUUAUUUUAAAUGUUAAAACUCCUAAUGUGAAAGUAGGGAGGAAUUAUUUUGUUACUUUAUAUGUAAUCUAUUUGUUUUACACAAAAAAAGCUAUCUUUCUUUACUUCUGUUGCUUCUUUUUUUUUUAAUAAAAUAUAUUUGAAAUAUUUA